CCGAAAGUGUCGGGCAGAGCGUCGAGGAUAAUUGAUUGCCGACAGUCAAGACGGCUACCGGGCUCCGAUUCAUCAAGUUAGGCGUCUUCCUCUCACAAGCGCAGUUACUUGUUCAGUCGUCCCUCCUCUUCAGUGCACGGUCGUCGUUGAGCUCGAUGGCCCCACGUCAGCGUCGGUGUAUGCGCUCGGUAAUGGCUUCUGUGGUCGUCGUGACGGCGCUAGGGAAAGCGGGCCGAGCAGAUCAGCGUGUUGCGUGCAAUAAUGUGACAUCUUGGAUGGACAACGCGUCGGGCGAGUCGCCUUGCACCGUCGCGUAUUUCUUGAUGCUGCACUGCACAACUGGGCAAGAUCUCAGUAUCUUACCACUCAACAAUUCCGCUAGGUCAUACACCAAUCCACUACGUGGACAGUGGUGCUCAUGCAAUACCGUCGUGUACAACCUCAUGAGUGCAUGUGCCGUAUGCCAGGGCGGCUUUCCCACCAACUUUUCAACAUGGACAGAUGACUGCGCCGGCGUGAUGCACGAUUAUCCAAACAAGGAGCUCGCUUUGAGCUAUAGCAUUCCCCAAUGGGCAUAUGUGAAUUUAACGCGCCGCGCGACCUUUGACCUCGAAGCUGCCGAAAAAGUUGCCGGAGUGAAAAGAGGAUGGAGCCCCAUCCAAAUAGUGCUCCCCGUCAUCAUCGGCAUCGUAGUCGCCCUCUUGGCAGUCCUCGCAUUCCUGAUCUACCGCCGUCGUCUCAAACAAAGAUAUACCCAGAUCGCCGAUGCAUAUCCGAACACGCCAAUGUAUCAUCAACACCAUCACCGGCAGCAACCAUCUCACUCUCACUCCCAGACAUAUUCCCACCACAACAAUGUGAACAUGACAUCCCGGCAUGGUCAUCAACCAACAGCUUCGUCAUCCACUCUGGGUUUGCACUCAAUGUCGGGGCGCGAUAGUCCCUCACUUGGAAAUGGUAUUCCGAGAAGGAAAAGUGCUGCGGCGGUUGCUUGGGAACGUGCACGUUUGCAAGCACCAAGAAAACUCGGAGGGCUCCUCGCAGAUCGAAGGAAAGUACACACACGUACAAGGGGUGCGGAUUGGAGUAUUGAUGCGGAUAAUAUCAAUGAGAUCGGUGUUGAAGAGAACGGGUACAAUGAUCCAUGGAACCCGCAGGCUUCGCAUUCAAGAUUGCCCUCGGGGUCGACAUCACAUACCAAAGAGGUCUCGGGGGAGAGUACAGGUCAAGCAAAGAUCGAGACCGGAAAUGCGACUGGAGCGAGGCUCGUUCGUCCAUCCGGCCAUGGCAGAUCUGAGUCCCGACUCGGUUUACUCUCUAACACUUCACCUGAACGGCUUCAUCCCAUCCAGGACUCACGGGAGAGUGAGGGAUCGGCGUCAUCGUUCGUACGUGGUAUUAUGGAGACUUUAAAUGAUAUCGGUAUGAGGUUGAGCGGUCGACCUCGACCCGUUGCGGUUGUGUCGAGCCCGCCGAGACGCGGGUUCAAUAUGGAUGAUGUAGAUAGUGCGAAGAGUCCGAGUGAUCUAGCCAAUCCGCGCGAGGAGAGGAGGUCGGAUUCAUAUGUAUUUGUUGACGGGGAGGAAGACGAGGGAGAGGAGGGAGAGGAACUCGGUAAGCCUGUGCUCGUGGACAGCGAUACUCGUCCGAGCUCGAACUUCGCAGUUUUCGGGAGCAGCUCUGCUACGCUGAACCCAAGUCAAGGCGGAAGUAGCGGGAGCGGGACGAGGAGCGACUCGAGUGGUGGCGCCAGUGCGAGUCGAACUAGGGCGGCGUUGGGAAGUAGGAGUGCAAGUAUGGAACGAGAAAGUCAUGUAGACGGUGGGAGUGAACGAGGGGGGGAAAGGGACAAGGUGAUGUUGAUAUCGCGAAGUCCAGGACAGGACUUCAAUUCAGUCGAGAUGAUAAGCCCCAUCACGGAGGAGACGUCUGGGUACGGAACCGGAGCCUUCACUACUUCCCAUGAAAGCGAGAACUGGCCAGCAGCACUAACAGAUACCUCUUCUGUUCUUCUGCCUUCUUUCCGACGGGUGGAGAGAAGUGACCUGCUCCCUCCUGCACCUCCACCAACCCAACAAUCGUACACACUCUAUACGACAUCACUUUCACCUUCACCCUCUCAUUCCCAGCUUCAAUCUUAUUCGGAUUCUCGUUCACCGACGCCAUCCCAUUCUGCCCAGGGCACACCUCGAUCACCUUCUCGCCUUCUCAGAGAGCCCUCCAAUAAUAACAUUAAUUUGAGCAAUGAAGUCGACAACUCGCAAUCGCAGACGCAGCCAGUGGUGCCACCCUCCCUACGCGCUGCAGGCGGAUUCCAAGCCAACUCAACGCACCUUAAUACCUCAACGAUGCUCGCACCCACAACGGAUUCGAUAUCCCCAAACAGCGCCAUCCUACCCAACUCCCGUCUCUUCGACUCCGCACCAGAACCACCACCAUCAGCUAUAACCAACACUGGACACGGCACAGGUUUUGGGUCAGAGCUCACGCACUCUAGCUCAGACGCAUACACCGUUCCGAACCCUUUUACGUUCGAUUCGCGACAUGGUGGAAGCUCGAGCGCUGCGAAUGCUUUGAGGCUUGCGAGUCCUAGGCCUGAGUCGAGAGCGAGGAGUAGUGCGGAGGUUAUUGAGUAGUGGGGAAGUGCAACGGACUUCAAAGAAGUAGAGAACAUAGUAUGUUACAAUACUUGUCGGAGUCGUCUAUUGCGUUGUUUUGCAUUGACAGCUUGUCACAGUUGGAUGAUCGGUUUGUACUGCUUGUGUUUACAAUCCUACAACAUUUAAUUUCUUGUUUUUCUCUCUCUCUCUUUCCUUUUCGGUUUUAAGCCUGCUUUCUUGUUUCAUCUAGUAUUGUCUGUUCUGUUGUAAUGUGUACUCUUUGACUGGGAUAUUCGUGGAACAAUCACAACACUUUAUUCUUCUCGUCCUCCCUUUCUGUUGUUGUCCUUUUUAAGACAAUAUAUUUAUCUUUUU